GCGCGCCCGGACCUACCACUCGCUGGUCGCUAUCGCUAGUCGCUUUAGUAUCGCGGCCGUGUUCGGAGGGAGAGGCCGCGUCGGGUGCGAUUUUCGGUUUCGUACACGUGUUUUUAUUAUCCCAAUAACAACACGUAAAGUUGUGUGUAGUUGGAAAGUGCUGUUAUAUAUGUAAUAUUUUAGUGUCAUGUCUGUCAUGUGAAAACAUUGUGUAACAGAAACGUACAAAAAGUGUACUGGACAACGGCUUGCGAUGCAGGCUCAGCAGGCCUUUUGUUGUCGAUGCGAUCGGUGAAUAGUGAACUCGUUACGAUAUGUCACUAUUCGCUAGUUGCCUGUUAGCAUGUUGUGUGCUAUGGGGGGUGGCAGGCGACGUCAAGUCGGAGCUGUCGAUGCUGUUGGUGUCGCGCUGCUGCCCAGAGGGACACGUGCUCACUGCCGAGGCGCUGCGUUCUCCCAUACUUUCAUCGACAGUAGCCGCGGCACCAUGCGAACAGGUGGACAGGAAUGUUACCUGGUCUCCACGAGUGUAUGCGUUAAAACGAAAUCGCACAAACCCAAAUGACACGGGAUUCGUCACGCUUGGCUAUGUACCGCGUCAUUGGCGCUACGAGUGGGGAAAACUUCCAGACUGUAAACCCUUACGAGUGUUACCGGAGUACGCGGCGCCCUAUGCCCUGCUCGCUCGCAACGGCGCAAUGAUGAUACGUGGAGUCUCGAAGCCAUUGGAUCUGAAAAGGUAUUGCUGCGACAGGACCGCAGCGUUGGUGUGUGCAGAUGAUACGUCGUGGAAGUCGACGAAAUGUUGUGCGGAAGGGCGAGCAUUCAACGGUACGCAUUGCGUGGAGCAGGCGGAACGAGCGCAGGAGGCGCUGGAGGAACUGCGCGCGCUCGCCGCCAGCUCCAACAGCACGGCUGCCACGGCCGGCGCCGGCGGUGCGGUCGGCUUCGGCUGGCCGUUAUGUGGGGAUGGUUCGCGCUAUGCCGUGGCGGGCCAGCUGGCGGGCGCCAGACUGGGGGCGCGCGGUGAGCUGGAGCUGCGCGCGGCGGGAGGCGGCGGCGAGCUACUGGCCGGUGGCACAUGGUGCGCGGAGGCCGUGCUUGGUGAGGCGGGCACGCGCGUGCUGGCCUGCGAAGCGGAGGCGCGGUCGCAGAGGCCGACGACACAGGCCACCCGGCAUGCCCUGUACGGCGCAGGACUUGCGGUGGGAGCGGCCUUCCUGGCGGCCACACUGGCAGCCGGUUUCGCUCUGCCGGCGGCUCACCAUGCGCUGCACUGGCGCUGCCAGACGCACUAUGUGGCGGCGCUGAUGCUGGGGGACGUUCUGUUGGCCGCUACGCAGCUGGCAGGGGACCGCGUGCCGCCCGCGCUGUGUCGCGCGCUGGCGGUGUGCAUGCAUUUCUUGUUCCUGUCCGCAUUCUUUUGGCUCAAUACGAUGUGUUUCAACAUCUGGUGGACUUUCCGGGACUUCCGUCCGACGUCGCUGGAGCGCGGGCAGGAGGCGUGGCGGCUGCGGGUGUACAUGGUGUACGCGUGGGGCGGGCCGCUGCUGCUGGCGGGCGCGGCCGCGGCGCUGGACCAGCUGCCGCCCGCCGCCGCCGCGCCCUUCCUGCGCCCGCGUUUUGCCGUGCAACGCUGCUGGUUCUACGGUGACAUGGAGAUCUUGGUCUACUUCUUCGGACCCGUGGGCGUCCUGCUGCUCGUCAAUCUAGCGCUAUUCAUCUCGACCACUCGGCAGCUCACCUGCGGCCUCUGGCGGCGCGACGAAGUCAAGUCCACUUCUGAACGGGCGGCCCUGGGUCGCGUGUGCGCCAAGCUGGUGGUAGUGAUGGGCGUGACUUGGGGAGCAGACGUGGUGUCGUGGGCGGCAGGCGGGCCGGACUACGUGUGGUACGCCACGGACCUAUUGAACGCGCUGCAGGGCGUGUUCAUCUUCCUGGUGGUGGGCUGCCAGCCCCACGCGUGGGCCGCCGUGAAGCGAGCGGCGGCAGCAUGCUGCGCGCGUGGACGGGACGGGGCGCAGGCGCGCGCCACGCACUCCUCCACGCACCUGCCGUCCUGCGGGGAGUCCCUGACGCACACCACGCCGGCGCCCGCCUCAGCCGCGCUCCCCGCGCCCCCCGCGCCCGCAGCUCCCGCCCCGCGGGUCCCCAUGGAGACAGUGUGCUGAGUGCCGUGUCCGACUUUACUGAGACUGCUAACUGACUGCCGAAUUGAGGCUUGAGCUUUAAUGUAAUGUUAUGUACUUAGUCGUAGUGAAUAUUUAUUCUUCAGUAUUAUUUUGUAUUUUCGUAACGAUUACGAUCGCUGUUGUCGUAUGAUUGACUGUGUCUGAAGUGAAUUAAGUGUAUAAAUGAAACAUAUAAAUGCGACAUGUAAUGUAUUGUAAGUACGUACCGUGUACUGAAUCGACGGAAGCUACUACGGAAGUUUCCGUAAACUCUUGCCCUGUUAAAUGACUGUUGAAACUAAAAAUUAAAUGUUACAACAAUAA